AAUAAUUAUUUUUGCUGACUCAGGAAUAGAAUAUGACUGGUUUGUAAAUACACAAAUCUGGUCCAUUCAGAGAUAUAUAGAGUAACCUCUGGUCCAUUAAAGUAAACCAUCGCACUUUCGUUUAUCUAUGGAUGAGGCAGAGGUUGUGGAAGAAAUCGAACUUGUUGACAGGCGUCACAGUGCUAGUCCAGUUUCGGAAAAAGUCAAGAAAUGUGAUGAAAAAUUCUAUACUGUGGAAGAUGCAGUUGAAAAAUUAGGAUUCGGUCCAUUCCAAAUCCUCGUGACUGUGUUUGCAGGGCUAAUCUGGUUGGCAGAUGCCAUGGAGCUAAUGCUGCUGUCUGUUCUCUCUCCCAACGUAAAGUGUCUGUGGGACCUUUCAGACAGCGAGGAAGCUUCUAUUACUUCUGUGGUAUUUGUUGGAUUUUUCUUUGGGGCAUUCGUGUGGGGAGCAGUAUGUGAUGUCAUUGGAAGGAAGAUGGGAUUGCUGGUGGUCAAUGUAUUUGUUCUAGUUUUUGGGGUACUGAGUGCUAUUCCUAUCACGUCGGACCCGUCUGCAAAGUAUCCUGCAUAUCCAUGGCUUUUGUUGUGUCGUGCUGGUGUCGGCUUUGGAGCUGGUGGCACUGGCCAAGCGGUAACUUACUACGCUGAGUUUCUGCCAAAGCGAUUCCGUGGUGUUUGUAUCACACUUCAAGAGAUGUGGUGGGCACUUGGCAGUAUCCUUGGUGCUGGCCUUGCUGUUGCUGUAAUGGUUCCCGGAGGUUUAGGCUGGCAUUGGUAUUUGGGACUGUCCACAAUUCCCUUGUUUAUUGCUGUUUCUCUGUUCGUGUUCAUUCCAGAAUCAGCACGAUUUUAUAUUGUGAAAGGAAAGUAUGCUAAGGCAGAGAAGGUUAUUAAACUGAUCGCUCGCUACAACUGUAAACAGCCACUUCAGGGAGUGCUAGUGUCUUUUGAGGAGAAAGAAAGAAGAGAAGGUUGUCAUAACAGUGAGCCAGUGCUUGUGAGGUACUCUGAAGGUGAUGUUGUGAUAGGUGAAACCAGUGAAACUCUUCAGCAGAAUGAAGAAGAUCACCCUUUAUUGGACGACCAUGAUCAAAGUGAUUCUGAAACUACAGAAAUUAAGGACAAUGUAGCUGUUAACUUCAGCACAAAAAGGCGGGUGCAAUUGGUUACAGCAUCACUGUGCACAAGCGUGAAGUCAUUUCUGUUGAAAAACCUAACUCUCAUGUUUUUAAAUGAGAUGUGGAAAACCACAGUGCUGCUUUUCUUUCUAUGGUUUGGUGCUGCUUGGCUCUACUAUGGUAUCGUGCUUCUAACAACUCAAUUUUUGCAGCACGAUCCUCAUUGUGGAUAUGUUUUGAAUGAAUCUAAUAUGACGUGUGAAGUUCUUACUCGAGAUGACUACAUUAGCAUAUUGUGGACUGGAGUCGCUGAAGUUCCUGGUAUUGUUGUUACAAUGGUCUUAGUGGAACUGAUUGGAAGGAAGCUCACAAUGGUGGCUGAAUUUUUGCUGACAAUGGUUGGAUUUUUGCUUCUUUUCGUAUGUGGUGAAAGGAUAUUGCUGACUAUAUUCCUAUUUAUAAUACGAGCAUUUGCCACUGGUGUUUUUCAAGCAAUCUUCGUGUACACGCCUGAGGUCUAUCCAACUACUGUGAGAGCUUUUGCACUGGGAACCUGCUCAGCUGCUGCACGUAUUGGAGCAAUUAUAACACCGUAUACUGCACAGGUUCUAGUGGAACAUAGCGAUCUUGCAACGAUAUCUUUGUAUGCUGGAUCAUGUCUAGUACUGGCAAUAUUGUCUUGUUUGCUACCCAUUGAGACCAAAGGGAGAUCACUCACAGAUGGAGGUGCUGGGAAAAAUGAAGUUGGAAAAAGAUAAAUAAAUAUUAUUUAAGCCGCCCUAAAAUCUGCUGCAUGGUUAUACAAGUAACAUUAGCUAGCUACGUAUGUUAUGAUGGAAUCAUGAAGCAGCUAUCUUUACUUUUUAAUGAAACA